GGAAGUAGUAUCACUGACGGAAACUGCUAUUGCUGGCUCUGCUUCCUCUGCUCAGCCCAGCCCUAAGCUCUGGACCUGUGCACUGCAGCUGAAUCUAUGGGCAUGUCUGCAGAGGAGGACGAUUCCACCAGAUCCAAAGACCAGGAAUGGCCAGAAGUGGAAAAGGCUGAAAAAUUAGCAAGAGGAGCUGCCUUAAAAUGGGCAUCUGGGGUCUUCUACCGACCUGACAAAUUGGAGGGCCUUGGGGAGUAUCGGAUCCGAGAGAUACAACGCAACAGUUCCAUCCAAUCCCGCAUAAAGUCAACUGUGCAGUCCUACCUGGAGGGUGUGAGCACAGGCCUGGAGCAGUUGCACUCAGCCACUGCAGAUGUUCGACAUGUGCGGCAAGCAUUGAGAAACAUACACCAGUCCUUGGCAUCCAGCACCAACUCUUUUCAGAGCCUGCAGCGACUACAAGAGGUGGCAGUGGAACAUGCCCAGCUGGGUUCAGUUGCCCAGACAUUGCCCCAACUUUUCUCAGUACACGAACUCCUUUCCGAGACCUUUGACCUCCUGCAGAAUCACCACCUGCUGGAAGCCCACACAGGAUUCAUGGACCUAGAGAGUUUACGGGACAGCAUCCUGUUCCAGUUGCAUCACCACAACCUACUCAGCCCCUCGCACCUGGCCAGUGUAGAGUCCUACUUCAGGGGCCUCCUGGAACUAAAUGAUGCCCUUGCCCAGCACCUAUGGCAUGUUGUGGCCCACAGCACAAGACUGGUGUCUGAGGACCCCUCCCUCUUUGUCUCCACGCUACGCAUUAUUGAGCGUGAGGAGAGCAUUGACGCUGCUCUGCUACUGAGAUCUCAGCUUCCUUCUGGCUUCCUCCCGCCAGGGCGCCCCAAGUGCUGGAGGCAGAAGUUCUUCCAGGUUAUACAAGACACCAUAGUCGCUUCCCACUUCCAGGCCAUGCCAAGCAGUGCCCAAGGCCAGCACCUCACUCAACAUUUGGAGUCCUUGCAGAGCAGCAUCCUGGCCGAACUGUGUGUUGUGAAAGACCUGAUGGCCCAGUGCUGCCCUCCUCAGUACAAUAUUGUCGCAACCUUUGCUGCCAUGUAUCAUCAAGGCCUUGCCAAACACCUGCAUCACGUCCUCACUCGGGAGCUGGAGAAGCAGGAGGUCUUUACUCUUCUCCAGUGGGCACUCCAUGUCUACCCAAGCUCAGAAAUGAUGACCCACCCAAGCCUUCUACCUGAAGUGGACAUCACAGUCUUGGGUCCUCUGCUUCCUGUGGAUACAGUAGACUAUUUGGAGCAAACCUAUGUGGGGAAAGUGCAGGCCAGCUUUGCUCAGUGGAUGCAGAAGACGCUGGAGAUGGAGUUUAAAGAGUGGUUCAGUGAAGAGGAGCCUGAAUCAGACUAUCAAGGCUGCUUCCAGACCAGCCUUCCCAUGAUUGUCAUGAAGAUGCUGGAUGAAAAUAUCCGAGUGGCAUCCCUCAUCUCAGAUACUCUGCGGCAGAAGUUGUGCAGCAUGGCCCUGGAGGAGCUUGAGGUCUUCCUGGGCAGCCUGUAUGAAGACCUGGUGGGAUUUGGCAAGGAGCAUCAACGAGAGCCUGCAACCUCCAAGUGCUAUGUGCCUUACUUGCUAUCAACCCUCAACAACUGCCAGGUUCUCAGCACCUCCAUUGCAGCCCUGUGUGAAGGCAGAUCAACAUCCUCAGAGGCCAGCAAGAUGUCAUCAACCCUUCAUGUUGCCCUGGAGAAAGCACAAAAGAAGGCAUGCCAGCUGCUGCUGGAGGAGAUUCUGGCAGAUCUGCAGCCUCCGUUUGCUCAGAUGCCCUCCCGUCAAUGGCUGUCUGGUGAAUCUCAGGUGCUAAGCAGCAUAUGCGAGGUGGUAGAGAUGCACAUGAAAUUCUUCUGCAGAACUCAUAAACCAAUCAGCAUGCACCUCCUGUCAGAGACUGAGCGCUUGGUCAUGAGCCAGUACGUGAGGGCUCUCUUGCAGAAAAGGCUAGUCUGCCGGAAUGCUGAGGAGAGAAACCGGAUGGCCAGGCAGAUGAUGCAAGACGCCUCUCAGCUGAAGGGGCUCUUCUGCAGCCUGGGCCUGGAGGAGAAUGAACAGACUCUCAGAGUGAUUGCUGACUUGCAGGAGCUCAUCAGUCUCAAGGACCCCUCCAUGCUGAGCCUGGAAGUACUGGGAUUUGUGACAAAAUAUCCUGAUAUCAGCGAAGACCACGUUUCCAUGCUCCUCCACUUGCGUGGCGACAUCUCUAAAGAAAUCCACAACAACGUGCUGGAGAUCAUGGUGCAGAAUCCUCAAGUACUGCCUGAGAACUAUCACCCAGUUUUUAGCAACAUUUUUGUUCCAGCUCCAGAGCCACCCUUCUGCCUUGGGAAGUCCAAAUGUGCCUGAUACGUCCACAGAUGCUGCCAGGCUGCUCAUCUCCACAGCUGCACUGCUAACUUUGCCAGGAUGGUAGCAAGAUGGAACCUGAGUGGGGAUUGUGCCUGUUGGUUGUUGUUGUUUUUUUUACAUCCCAGUGAUCCAAAACACAUGGUGCCAUUUUGUGGAGGGGGGGCAGGGCUAAAUUUCGUCAGUUUUGUGUGCUGUCUCCCAUAUUCACAGCCAUGCACAGCCACAUGCAGUCUCCUUAUCAUGUGUGAGGCCUCCAGAUGUUGCUGAACUACAAUUUCCAUCAUCCCUAGCCAUUGGUCAUGUUUGCUAUGACUGAUGGGAGUUUAGCAGCAUCUGCAGGGCCAAAGGCUCUCCACACCUGCUCUAUAUUCUAUGCAAGAUUAUACACAGGAAUGGUUGUCUAUUACGCACCAGUUGCACUAGUUUCUGUGGGUUGUGUGGUUUGGAGUAUUAAUAUAUGCUCAGAUCACAUCCACACCCAAACCCACUUAUGAAUGCUACACAGUAUAUGAGUGUAACACUUGUGCAGACCAACUAGUACACUGAAGCCCGUAUCUUGUAGCAUUUAGAAAAGAGGAAUAUGAUUGGCAAAUGGCACCAAAGCCAGUUCCGGCCUCUACUCCCAAAAGAGCACUGCUUAUUGCAUUGUCAUUACAAAUUAUGCAGACAGGGUAAUGUGCUAUUAUCCUAGAACUAUGCAAAUCAUGGAGCACAAGAGCAACAUAUUUACUGAUUAAUGCUUAAGAACUGAAUAUGUUUGCUAGAUAAUGUUUUCUAGAUAAAUAGCAUUCAGUUAUAUAGCUUGUUUUUCUUUUCUAAAUUAAAGGCAUGUAGCCCUUACGGGGAACAUGGCACUUAGGGAGGACCAGCUUAUUAUAUCUUUUUUUCUUCCCAGUGCAAUGGAAAUCAACCACUCCAGCAUAUCUUGGGCCCUAAAUGCCUGGCCAAUCAUGUUAGGAAGGGAAGAGAUAAUCCGCCAUCUCUUUGCAUGCUAGGUUCGCUGUGGGGAUUGGGGGGGGGGAUUUGAAUCAGUUCACAUUUAAAGGUGAAUCUACCUAAUUUGCCCCUUCGUUAUCAAUAUGGGAACCAAAACACAACCAUUCAUCAAAAUUAGCACUUUCCUGAAUUUUGCACUGCAUUUCUCCAGCCAAGCAAUGUAACAAAAAUGCAUAUACUGAGGUAAAGUGUGUGUGAAAAAUAACAUACCAAAAUGCAACAUAUUAGCAGAAUUUGGCAAUUUGUGCAUUUGGCAAAACUUCAUGCAAGAGAAAUUCACACUAAAAUGCUGAUGAAUUUUCAUGAGAACCUUUAUCUUUUUAAAUUGCAAAACUGAUGUGGAAAUGUGGACAACUGAACGUAAGAUUGGAAUGCAAAACUGAGGGAAACCAAAAUUAACAGAUUCACCCAUCUCUAGUCCCCUGCAAGGAUAGUGAUAGAGGCCUGUCCUCUGUAAGGUAGUGCACAUGGUUACCCUACCCAACCCUGGGCUGGUUGCAUGGUGGAGUAAGUGUGGAUGUGAAACAAUUCAUUUCAAAAUCUGUUGAGUACACAUCUAGAAAUCAUUUCUGCUGUCUCUGCAGGAAAAACAGAAGUUCUUUCCCCUAUCACAAGCCACACAUUUUGAAAGCUACAACAGGAAGUGAUGCUCUUUCCCCUCCUUUAACAGGUAUAAAACAUAAACUUGCAUUUCUUUUCUCAAAAACACACUUUCUCAUGGGGCCUUUUUCAAGCAAUGGGCUUUAUCAGUUACCUCCUCACAACACCUGCUCUUCAGGGAUUUACCACUACCAGAUUCAUGAGAAAUAAUAAGAAAGGUUUGCCUCUGAGCAUCUACAGAGUGCAUUUCCCUUAACCCCAGCUAACCACCAUUGCCUGCCAUGUUCCAUGUGGACCAUGUGAACUUCACAGAACAACGCCACUCCAAAAACAAUAGAAUGCAGCAAAAUGAAAGCCUCAUCCUUGUUCGGUCCCUUUCUCCUUUCACCACUCGUACAUGACCAGUAUUGUGAGGGAUCUGGAAACCAAAUCCAGUAAGAAAUGUUUGAAGGAGAUAAGUGUUUAGAUUGGAGAAUAAAAGAUGACAGGGUGACAUGAUAGUUGUCUUCAAAUUCCUGAAGGACUGUCAAGAAGAAAAUGGAGCUGAUGUGUUGCUUCAAGUCAUAGUCACACCAUCCAUUUAAAGCUCCCAUAUACACUCAUGACUCCUCCCAAAUAAUUUGGGGGCCUGUAGUUUGUUAAGAGUCUUCUCACAACUCCCAGCGCCCUUAAAUAGUUCCCAUGACUCUUUGGGUGCUAAGGAUUGUUAAGAGGCCCACUAUUCCUGUCACAAAGCUACGAUUCUCAGAGUCCCCUAAGAAAAAGUAUUGAUUGCUCAACCACUCUGGAAACAGUAGCUCUGUGAGGAGAAUAGGGCUCUCCUAACAACUUUCAGCAGCUUUAACAAAUCACGGUUCCCAGGAUUCUUUGGGAGAUGACGUGACUGUUAAAAAGUGGCAUAAUGCUGCUUCAAAUGUAUUGCAAAUAUGGUGCCUAAAUCUAGAAUUACAAAUGCUACAUUGCACCAGUAGUAUCCUUAGAUUUAUCGUCCACAAAUAACUCGGCUUUUGUAGUCCCCCACAGAAGUGCCAUAUAGCACUUCAGAGAGCAGCUUAAAAAGGCUACGGUCCCUUGAAUGUCCGUUAUAAGCACACUGAUUUCUAAUAAAGCCUUUGAAUUCUCUUUCUAGAGAACAUCGCAUAUUCAUAUUGGGGCCUUUUUCAACCAAACAUGUUUCUUAUGUUAUGUCAUUUAAUAACAUGUUGUAUAUUUAAUAAGAUUUUUUUGAUCAUACACAAUACAUAGUUUUAUUUACACUGGACGGAUGCAAAAGGAACAAACCCAAGCCCCAAAAGAGAAAAAAGAAAUGGUAUAACUGUCUCAAGAAAUGUGAUUCAAAUGAUGUUAUUUCUUCAUAUCCAGCGAGGAUCAUCUUCUUAUGUUUUAAUUCUUUUUCAAUAUAUUGAAAAAUAUGUCCAGCUUUCAAUAAGUUUACUGCUGACUUUAAUCUCCCAUGUUCCCUUAAAGUGAGUUAACAAGUAUGAUGUUGUUCAAUUAAAAGUUCUGAGUGGAUUAUAUUAUUGC